UUGGCGGCAAAUUCCCAACAAUUGGUUGGAUCGUUGUGUAAAAAAAUUUCAUACCAACACGUAAUCGUGGUGUUGAUAGAUUUGAAAUUCACGUAUUUUUCACAUUUUUUUAUACGCAAUGGCAAGAAGAAGUGCAAGAUUUGCAGAAAAGGCGGCCAAAUCUUCUCCAGUGAAAAUCUUAGAUACUCCUGUUAAAAAGAAAACGACGAUCAAAGAAUAUUUCAAGGUUCCUGAUCCAUAUGUUUCUAUUGAAAAGUUGGACAUAGAAUCUCCACAAAAGAAAGUGUUUGUUAAAAAAGAGUUGAAGCGUGAGGUAGAACCUUUUUUAGAUGACUCAAAUGAAUCAGAUGAUUCAGAGGAUUCAAAUUAUCAAGAUGGCAUUUCCAAUACCAGGAAGCCAAAUAGUAAAGAGAACAAGGAUCAAAAUCGUCAAACAAACACUGCAUUGUCAGAAUAUGAAAAACAGAUUCAACAAAAUAUUGAAGAAAGAAAAAAGAUGUUCCAAGAGUUAGUUGGGGCUGCAAAAAAUGAUUUCAUGAAUGUUAUAUCUACCGAAAGUAAAGAAAAGAAGAAAGCUGUACAACGUGGACUUAAACGGAAAGUGGAAGAAAGCAUUGAAGUUCCACCUUUGAGAAUGUCACUGAGAAGCAGGAACCCUCUUAAAGAGGAAAUUAUCAGCAUGAAAGAUGAAGAUGAAAGGAAACCUAAAGCACCUAAAGGAGGGCCAUUCACAUUGGCGGAUGCUUACCUAGACCAAGAAUCCAUUGAAGACAGCAAAUUCAUUGAAGAAAUGAUUCCUUUGCUAGAAAAGGAAGGAGAAUUGGAAAAAUUGCCUGCCGAUCAACAAGACUUUUUGAAGCUGAUGAAAAGUUUUAGCAUUCGCGAAGAAGGGAUAGCAAAGGUGACAAAGGCGCGGAUCUAUUCGAUGGCAUGGCAUCCAAGUAAUAGCAAGCUUCUAAUCGCCGCGUGUGAUCGUGACGGAAAUAUCGGUUUCUGGGAUGUCGAUAAACAUGAAGAUAAGCAUCAAGGAGUUCGAGCAUUUAAAGUACACAAGCAACCAGUCAACUGCGUAACUUUCGAUAAAUUUAACCCAAUGCGACUACUGACCACCAGUUACGAUGGUUAUGUUCGAUGCCUAGACAUGCAUACCAACGUUUUUGAUGAGGUAUAUUCCAUCCAAAGAACAAAAGACACUUGGACUGCCUAUCAUGCACAAAAGGAUCCAUCAACUUUAAUCGUUUCUCAAUCGAAUGGAGAUGUUGCGGUGAUUGAUGUCCGCACAAGGCCUGGAAAGGCGGAGAACAUAAUUCAUUGUUUUGAAAUGAGUGCUCGUACGGUUAGCUUACAUCCACAAGACAAUAAUCUUUUCAUGACAUGCAAUCGCUACGGAGAAUUGGGGAUAUUCGAUGUGCGAUACACAUCGAAAAACGAAGAUGAACUUGCCGAUUCGGUAAUUAGCUUUCCAAAAGCCCCUAAAGGAGUCCACGGCGCAUUUUACUCACCUAUUACGGGGCAAUACGCUCUGAUUACAUGCACGGAUGACACGUUAAAGUUGUAUGACGUCCAGAAAGGCAGAGCUGAAGUAGAAUGCAUCAAGUCCAUCAGUCACAACAAUUUUACUGGACGUUGGCUCACUCCAUUCAAAGCUGUUUGGCAUCCUCAGCGUGACGAUGUCUUCAUCGUCGGGAGCAUGGAGCAUCCAAGACGGGUUGAACUUUACGGCGCUCCUACUGGCACACUCCUUCAUAAUUUCAGUGGAGAUUUCCUGGGAUCAGUAACUUCAAUAAACGCAUUUCAUCCGACAGUGCCGAUUUUUGCUGGUGGUAAUUCAAGCGGCCGGGUCCACAUUUUCCGAUCUUAGUUAAGGAACCCAUUCCCAGCGUUUACACAAAACUGUUCGUAUCGUAUGAAGUGCGAACGUUUCUGGAAUGAAACGCUUUUUAUAUGGAGCAAUUUUAGGUUUUUCGCGAUUCUUGGUAUUGUUUUAUAUGUUUAAUUCUGAAAAACGUCUACCUCCAAAUUGUUGUUAUUCCAUCAGUUGUAUGCCUGUGUUUUCAGUGUCGACUCAGUAGAAUACCAGAAAACGUUUUUCCGGAAA